GGCUUGUACUGUUUGUGCCUAACAAGCUUCAUGGUCGGUCAUGGAACUGCUGCAGUUCACAUGUCUGCUUUUACUUAUCAGCUUGAAAUGUUUGACAGGUUUUGGCCAGCAGUGUGGGGGUAACCAGUGGCAGUGUGAUGAUGGAGCUUGUCUGCCUCUUUCCUGGCACUGCGAUGGAAAUGGAGACUGUAUGGACGGCUCUGAUGAAAUGGCCUGCCCCUGUCCUAGGGGCCAGGUUGCCUGCAUGGCCGGGGCUCCUGGUUGUGUAAAUACCUCUGCAGUAUGUGAUGGGCUGCGCCAGUGUUCUGAUGGGUCUGAUGAGUUUAACUGCCCAGAGAACCAGGGCUGUCUGCAGGGGGACUGGAGGUGUAGGAAUAAGAUCUGCAUCCCCAAGGAUCUAUACUGUAACGGUGCUAACGACUGUGUGGACAACUCUGAUGAGGCCUGUG